GCCGCACGCACAGUCAUGCAGCGGGCAAAAGGGAGUGCUAAAACCUAAGCCUGACUCCGGAGGCCGCGUGUUUCCUGGCGUGAAUGCCCCCCACCAAUGCAGUAGGAUGACGAAGGGCUCAGGACUCCUGUGAGCAGCCUCCAUGAGGCCCUGGACCAGUGUAUGACUGCCCUGGACCUCUUCCUCACCAACCAGUUCUCAGAAGCACUCAGCUACCUCAAGCCCAGAACCAAGGAGAGCAUGUACCACUCGCUGACAUAUGCCACCAUCCUGGAGAUGCAGGCCAUGAUGACUUUUGACCCUCAGGACAUCCUGCUUGCUGGCAACAUGAUGAAGGAGGCGCAGACGCUGUGUCAGAGGCACCGGAAGAAGUCCUCUGUAACAGAUUCCUUUAGCAACCUGGUGCAUCGCCCCACUAUGGACCAAUUCACGGAAGAGGAAAUCCAUGCUGAAGUCUGCUAUGCAGAGUGCCUGCUGCAGAGAGCAGCUCUGACCUUUCUACAGGAUGAGAACAUGGUGAGCUUCAUCAAGGGUGGCAUCAAAGUUCGAAACAGCUACCAGACCUACAAGGAGCUGGACAGCCUCGUGCAGUCCUCACAAUACUGUAAGGGAGAGAACCACAGGCAUUUUGAAGGAGGGGUGAAGCUCGGCGUGGGAGCCUUCAACCUGACGCUGUCCAUGCUUCCUACCAGGAUCCUGCGGCUGCUGGAGUUUGUGGGGUUUUCAGGAAACAAGGACUACGGGCUGCUGCAGCUGGAGGAGGGCGCAUCCGGGCACAGCUUCCGUGCUGUGCUCUGUGUCAUGCUGCUGCUCUGCUACCACACCUUCCUCACCUUUGUGCUCGGUACUGGGAAUGUGAACAUUGAGGAGGCAGAGAAGCUCCUGAACCCCUACCUGAAGCGUUAUCCUAAGGGCGCCAUCUUCCUGUUCUUUGCGGGGCGGAUUGAAGCCAUUAAAGGCAAUGUUGACACAGCCAUCCAGCGGUUCGAGGAGUGCUGUGAGGCCCAGCAGCACUGGAAGCAGUUCCACCACAUGUGCUACUGGGAGCUGAUGUGGUGCUUCACCUACAAGGGCCAGUGGAAGAUGGCCUACUUCUAUGCCGACCUGCUCAGCAAGGAGAACUCCUGGUCUAAGGCCACCUACAUCUACAUGAAGGCCGCCUACCUCAGCAUGUUUGGGAAGGAGGAUUACAAGCCGUUCGGGGAUGAUGAAGUGGAGUUGUUUAGAGCAGUGCCAGGCUUGAAGCUCAAGAUUGCUGGGAAAUCUCUACCUACAGAGAAGUUUGCCAUCCGGAAGUCCAGACGCUACCUCUCUCCCAAACCAAUCUCGUUGCCAAUCCCUGCUCUGGAAAUGAUGUACAUUUGGAAUGGCUACGCUGUGAUUGGGAAGCAGCCUGAACUCACAGAUGGGAUACUUGAGAUUAUCACCAAAGCUGAAGAGACGCUGGAAAAGGGCCCAGAGAAUGAGUACUCAGUGGAUGAUGAAUGCUUGGUGAAGUUGCUGAAAGGCCUCUGUCUGAAAUACCUAGGCCGUGUUCAGGAGGCUGAGGAGAACUUCAGGAGCAUUUCUUCCAAUGAAAAGAAGAUUAAGUAUGACCACUACUUGAUCCCAAAUGCCCUGCUGGAGCUGGCCCUGCUAUUCAUGGAGCAAGGCAGAAACGAAGAGGCUGUCAAACUCUUGGAAACUGCCAAGCAAAACUACAAGAAUUACUCCAUGGAGUCAAGGACACAUUUUAGAAUCCAGGCAGCCAUACUCCAAGCCAAGUCUUCCCUAGAGAAUGGCAACAGAUCCAUGGUCUCAUCAGUGUCCUUAUAGUUUUAUGCAGCACUCCCAGGCUGGAAGACAGCUGGACAGAACUGGAAACAUUUCAAAAAGAUCCCCUCCCCCUGCCCUGCCUUCGGGGUCCACCGGUGCUCCAGUGGGAUGGCACAACAUUUGUAUUCAUGCAGAAGAGAAGUCGGCAUUUUCACCAGUGUGGCCAAGGGCCUUUACCAAGGACAGAGCAGGUGGAGCCCUCUGCCUGCCCUAUCACACAUACGGGUACUUGUUUUUCACUGUGAUGUUUAAGAGAAUGUAUGAAGAGUUUACAUGUUAGAAAUACAUUAAUGGUAUCACAGUUGGCUUAAAAAAAAGUAACCAACCACCUGUAAAUCUGUUUUAACCCAUUCUAAUCUGGAGGUAAAUCUAUGAUGUCCAGGACCAAAUUGCUUUUCAAAAUUCAGCAAGGUCUCAGCUUCCAGGGCUGAAAGGACCCUUCGGAGGGUCUGUACCUCAAAAGCUUCAAGGCUUCUGAGGGGUGGGCAUAGAGGUUGCAUACAAACACCCUCUACCUUACGUCUUACACUUCAUUUUCAUUCCCUUAGUAACUCUCCAAUUAAAAAAAAUGAAAGUUGUCUCACUAAAAAGACAUGUGAGUUCAUCUGUAGGAAAAAAAUAUAUUAAUAUUCACCAGUAAGAAAUAGGGGUUGCCCAGGGGGGAUGGAAGGGGAGCUGUGUGGCCCUUCUGUCGGGGGGAGGUUCUCAGACACAAGUCUGCAUCCUCACUGUAUGCCAAACUGAAACAACUGGGAAUAAUUUACGAAACAAAAAUCUUCUGUAUUUCACUCAAAGGUACAUUUAUUUACUGACAGCAUUUUUCUUAGAAUGGUUAUUCUUGGCCUGUUGUAUAUGUUUUAGAUUUUUUUAGUAAGAGAAAAAAGAUAUUUAAUAAAACUUACACAACUUAAGAGA